UUACUGGGGUAGGACGGGCCAGCCUGGCCAGCGAGGCUAUUGUUAGAGUCGUCAAUGGCCAAACAGGAGAAAGAGGUCGAGGAGAGGGGGAGGUCCGGAUCAACUCUAGACAUAGACAAGAUGGGCUCCUCCUCUUCAAUGUCCAUCUAGUACGAAGCCAUCUUCCCCCACUGUCUGAUGCCUGACUUCGACCACUUGAAAAGUACCUCUCAAAACUUUUCAUGUUAAUUUGUAAGCACAUUAGAAUUUAGACCUGCCAGUGGCUCGAGCAGAAUUGAGUUGACGUCGUGUUUGACUGUGUAGUGGAAGUGUAGGAUCGCCUCGACCCCGAAACAACGCAGCGGGGUGACAGUCAACUAUCCAGCGUUUGUCAACCUAAGAUUUGACUUGCUAAUACAUCUAUCGGUUAUCAAGUUUCAAAUCCAUUAUUUUGUUUUUCGUUCAGGAAAGGUAGCAAAGAAAAGAAAUCUCUUUUUUUUUAAAAGAAGUCAUAUCCUGGAGUGAAAUGUGUUUCUUUUCAUUUCGGAUAACAGACACACAAUUGAAACGCAGUUGCACAAGUAUAGCGGGACAGUUCCUGCGUGUGUUAGACAUAUGCUAAGGUUAAUUCCUAGCUACGCUUUUAGCACAACAAAAUUCUGCUUUGGUGCAUUUCUUUGGAAAGCGGAAAUUUCGUAUGCGCUAAAAAUAACUUCAAUUUGCUCGUACUAUGCCAUUCGAAAGAUCACAUCGUAAUGCAAGCGCCUCUUAAUUGAGUGUGAAAACGUCAUGACUGAUGAUCUUGUCAUCACACUGCGUAGUCUAUUAGAAAGAGUCUGGGUUUUAGUGGCGGACAUUAUUUAAUCUUGUUCGUCUGUCUAACGCCUUAGACCAAAUCCGCUCUUUGAGAUAAGCUCCCCGCCUAAGACUGUGACUUUAUUUUCUCGAGUUUUCUUAAAAUCUGUUAUCUAAGACGAAAACUUGAACUGUAUGGAGUUAGAGGUUUGUGUCUGUUAGGAGACACUGGUUAGAGGUGUGUCUGUGAGGAGACACUGGUUAGAGGUGUGUCUGUGAGGAGACACUGGUUAGAGGUGUGUCUGUGAGGAGACACUGGUUAGAGGUGUGUCUGUGAGGAGACACUGGUUAGAGGUUUGUGUCUGUGAGGAGACACUGGUUCUAUUUGAGAGACAACUUCUCAGAUAACUGGAUCGGAUAAUUGUCAAAAAAAAAAAAACAAAACAAAAACUUGAAUUCCAGGAUCUUGUAGGUCUAGUAAAAAGUGAUUUUUCUUAGAUAAAGUGUAUAUGUGCGCGCGUAAGGUUUUCUUGCAUGUUUGUGUGGAGAAAAAAGAGAGUUACGCGACGGCAAAGAGUUCGACUAGAACCAGCACUAAAAAAAGAUGCGCGCUAGCCUGACAGCUCAAAAUGUUUUGUGGUUGCUGACUAUCUGGAGCUUUAUAUACGUGUAUCAGAUCUGGGCACAGACAUUUCACCCUAGUUUAGUGUUGUCCUCUAGAGCAAUGUCAUCGCAGACAUCUUCCGGGAGCAUGUUCAGUAGAGCACAAACUUUGGAGGUCAAGGAGGAUCAAGUGAUGUUUCAUUUCUAUCGCAAUGGUCGAAGUAGAAAAGAUUACCGUAAACCUUCUACUAAAUUCAUGGUCAGUCUGUUUAAUGAGCUUCAAAGAGUGGGCAAUAUUCGAACCAGGACGAGUGCAGCAAACAUGACCGAUGUGGUCAGGAGUUUUUCUGGGACAAGUUCUCAGUCUAAGAAAACGUCCAGAACUAUCACAGAAUUUCAUAUUCCCUACCUGCCUCCACACGAGAGGUUGAAGAUGGCUGAAAUCCGGUUUCUCCGUGAGCCCAAGGCCAAGCCAAAGUUACAGCAGAUAAAGAUUCGAAUUAACAUUAAAAAGGGCAGCAAGGCGCUGAAGAAAAUCGUCAUUCGAGAGCGCCCUCAGACGCAGAAAGAACAUGACGUCAUUGACGUCACAAACUUUGUCAGCCCGUGGAUUAACAGUUUCCAUGGAAACUUUAGUUUGGCGAUUAGAAUAACUGGUGGGCAAGUGAGCCAAACUAAAAACUCUUGGGACAAUUUGGCUCAGUCUUUAAUUGUUUUAUAUUUACAAGACGGUGAGUUUCUGGCCAACAUGUACUCCAGUUUCACUGAUUCGGCGGAUACAGCGCGGAGAUUAUCCAGGAGAAAAAGAAGCUCUUCAAGCAUCCUUGGCGGAAAUCUCAGCUCUACAAUUCGCAACAAGCGCGACAGAAAUUUGAAAAAAUGGAAUCGCGCUGGCAAGAAAGUGAACUGUCAGCUGCACAAUUUUGAAGUGGAUUUCAAUACGAUUGGCUGGGGUCAGUGGAUCAUUCACCCCAAAAAGUACAAUGCACAAUUCUGCUUCGGGGUUUGCCCGUCGCCUGUGGACUCGAAAUAUAAGCCAACCAAUCAUGCCAUGCUACAGACGUUGAUGCGUCUGAAAAGACCUAACGUAGCGCCAGCGCCUUGCUGUGUUCCCACCAGGUUAAAUCCGCUGAGUAUGAUGUACUAUGAGUUUAACGAACUGGUGGUUAGACACCAUGAGGACAUGAUUGCUACGGAGUGUGGCUGCAGGUGAUCAGAUCCAAGGGACCCAACCGGUCAGAAAUACACAUUAAUAGUUGAUGUCCAUUCUUGGGCCAUGUAAACUUUGGACCGCACCAGAAGAUAUUAAGCUCUUAGGAAAUAAAGAAUCCCAAGAACUUCUUUCUCCGACGUUUUAUUUCAGUCCACAUCAUAUAGUAUGCUGCAGCGGCGUACACAAAUUCUGAUAUUAAGGCCCUUGGAAACUCCUAAAUUAUGGUAACUUAAUUGUGCAUAUUAAGAAAAUAUUUUAUAGUUGUUUUUUUUAAAUAACAAAACUUGCAGUGUUUCUCAUUUUCUACAAGAACAAAUCGAGAGUUUCAUUGUAUUGAUUGAAGUCUCCAAAGCAGUUCUUCCUAGACAAUGUUUCAUUUCGCUCCGUCCAUUGUUUAUACGUCCAGCGAAGCCACGCCCAAAGCCUGGUCCAGAAAAACAAAGCAGGACCAUGUUUUACAGUGUUUGUACGGUACUUGUUGUUAAUUGUGUAAAAUAAGUUCUCACGUCCUAAUUGUAUAUUUAUAUAUUAUAUCCAUUUUGAAUGUGACAUUGAAUAAUGUAUGUCACUGAGUCUGAAAUUUUAUAUAUUUUUUUGUAUCAGUCAGAAAUCAUGAAUCAAGAUUUAAGUUCAGUAUUUUGUUGUUCUUCAUUGUGUCAAGAAGGAAGAGACAGCAAAGUCACGUGUUUACUGCUGUGGGUCAUGACACCUAAUUGUCUUAACUAAUUCAGGUUACGUAACAGGUAACUUGAGGUCAACUUGCCUAAAGCGUUCCGUUCAUAUCAUCGAUCAAUGAUCUUUUCUUGCUUUCUCAGCACAAUGUGUUCAAUACAUUGGCAGACUUUUGUCUUGUUCAAAUACAUUGGCAGACUUUUGUCUUGUUCAAAUACAUUGGCAGACUUUUGUCUUGUUCAAAUACAUUGGUAGAUUUUUGUCUUGUUCAAAUACAUUGGCAGACUUUUGUCUUAUUCAAAUACAUUGGCAGACUUUUGUCUUGUUCAAAUACAAUGGCAGACUUUUGUCUUGUUCAAAUACAUUGGCAGACUUUUGUCUUGUUCAAAUACAUUGGCAGACUUUUGUCUUGUUCAAAUACAUUGGUAGAUUUUUGUCUUGUUCAAAUACAUUGGCAGACUUUUGUCUUAUUCAAAUACAUUGGCAGACUUUUGUCUUGUUCAAAUACAUUGGCAGACUUUUGUCUUGUUCAAAUACAUUGGCAGACUUUUGUCUUGUUCAAAUACAUUGGCAGACUUUUGUCUUGUUCAAAUACAUUGGCAGACUUUUGUCUUGUUCAAAUACAUUGGCAGACUUUUGUCUUGUUCAAAUACAUUGGCAGACUUUUGUCUUGUUCAAAUACAUUGGUAGAUUUUUGUCUUGUUCAAAUACAUUGGCAGACUUUUGUCUUGUUCAAAUACAUUGGCAGACUUUUGUCUUGUUCAAAUACAUUGGCAGACUUUUGUCUUGUUCAAAUACAUUGGUAGAUUUUUGUCUUGUUCAAAUACAUUGGCAGACUUUUGUCUGAGUCGUCAUGUGAAGCACCUAUAAUCUACAAAACUUUGCACAAUCCAAGGCCUGCCAUUCCAAGAUUUCUAUUAUACAUAUGUAGGGGCCCAAUAGAGUGCUGAGUGCAACUGGUACCACUAAUAUAUCCUACUGCCAAAACGCAUUUAUGUGUGUGUGUAUAAACUUAUUAGUAUACACUUGCAAGCCUGUUCUGAGUUGAACCCAAGUAGUUAUUGUUUACAAUAUUAUUAUAAUAAUCAUUGCAAUGAAUGAGUCUCAAACUGUAGAAAUCAAACUUUGUGUCCUGUACACAAACACCAACUUUAUUGUAUGUUUAUUUCAUUAGCAAAUGACCACAACAUGACACCCUCGUUAACCGUUGGUCAUAGAAACAGAUGACCUUUAUAUCAUCUGCUCUAUAGAUCGUAAGGUCUGAAAUGGGUACUAUAUUUUACUAACUUUUACUUUGAGACAAAGUAUAAUCCCGAAAUAGAUUCCUUCGCUUCAGCAUGACCCAAGUAUGUCAAAAAGCAUUUAUCAGAUUUAGACCCGGACCAACCCGUAAUAAUGGAAGCAAAGGUUUAGGAAAGAAAAAAAAUUACAUGAAUAGCAAAAAAAAAAAAAAAAAAAAAAAAAAAAAAAAAAAAAAAAAAAAAGGAAAAUCCGAUUGUGUACACACAUUUUGUUGGUCCCUCACAAAACAGCUACCAAUCAUUUAACUCUACAUUCCUGUACACUCCCACCUGUUGUAAGUAGUAUUAUGUGUCACAUUUUACCGCUGUAGGUUGGGUUGUUAUAACACCAGUAAGCUAGAAAUAUAAUAUUCUUCAAUUUUUGAUAGGGGCUGUUGAAUAGCUACCCGAGAGUUAUGAACACCACAGCUCUCCUUAGUUCUAAAUUGUCGUUGAGUUCAUUAAGUAUAAGAUCAGAGUACGUUGAUUCCUAUUUAUAAUUCUGUGCUGUACAUUAAAUAUAUAUUUUUUGAUGUCAUUGUGUGACUUAGGAUGAGUAUGUUAUUUCACUAUAAUGUUUCGCUGAUUGAAUGCUAUUUAUACAAUAAAAUGGAUACACUUGAUACCUUUCAAAGUGACUAUUAAAUA